AACCAACCACGGACAAACAUCAAAACUUUCCAAACAAAACUUGCCAAAGUUAGGUUAUUUUUUGCAUCGAAACCUCACUUUACCUUGUGUAAAUCUAAAUUAAGUAGUAUUUAAAAAUAACAUAUCUAAAAGUAUUCCGUAACAAUGUCCGAAGAGGGCUUUCAAUCUGUUAAAACACGCAUAUUAAAGAUAUUUCAAGAUCUUGAUGAAGGAGAAUUAAGUGAAAUUAAGGACUGGAUUUGCAAUCAAUCCUAUCAGAAAGACUUGGAAAAUAUGCGAAAAUUAAAUGAGACAGAUAACAAGCUAGUAAAAAUUGGCAAAGCCAUUAAAAAAAUAGUGCCACUGUCAGCGGAGUUACCUGAUGAGAACAUUGCCCCGCCAACUGCUGGGGAUCAAUCUGACUGCACGGUUGCCAAUACUUGCCAUGUUGAUGGGUUUCUGUAUGAUGAUGACGAAACAGAGCAAUUAGUUAAAAAAGGAUUGUUGAAGAGAUACUAUUGUCUUGACUGCCAUUCAAGAAAUAUUAAAGAUUUAAUAUUUAUUUCCCAUUCAAUGUCAAGAAUAACAAUGCAGUAUACUUUCAAAGUUCUUCUACCCAGAGAUUUAGAUGAAAAACAAAUAUUGGACGUAGGAUCACGGUUUGGGAAUAUACUUUAUGGGGCUUAUUAUCUUACAAAUGCAAGUCAUAUCAUUGGAGUGGAGAUCAACCAGAAAUUUUGUGACAUACAGAAGCAAAUUAUGAGCAAAUUCUCUAUAGACAGCAACAGAGUUAAGAUGAUAAAUUCUGAUAUUAUGGAAUGUCAGGAUAUUAUUUCCAAUUCUGAUAUUAUCAUUCUCAAUGCAUUGGAUUUCUUUGUUGAUACAGAACAACAUAGGCAAAUAUGGAAAUUUUGCAAAAAAUCCUUUAAAAAGGGAAGCUACUUGGUAACUACUAGAUGUGUUACAGAAUUGUUGGAAAGCUUAAACAUAUGUGAGGAGUUAAGUGACUGGUUAACUAUCUGUAAACCAUGCCAGCUGGAAAAUGAAAUUUUAUUUGACACUGAUGAUUUAGUUGAUAUUGAGCUAUUUUUAUACAUAGUUAAGUGACUUUAUAGGUAUGAAUAAAAUAGUUUUUAAGUUGCCACAAAUACAGAGUACAUACUUGUAUUAGUAUUACUUGUAAAAAGCUGUGUUACGUACAUUUUGUAUAAGUAUAAUUUAAUACAUGAAGUUGUAAUCAUAUUG